GCUGCUGCCGCCGCCGCCUUGGCUCGCUGUGGGGCGGCGCCGAGGCGCUGCUGCCGGCUCGGGGAGCGCCGCCCGGGCGGGCUCUGGGCACGCACCCCAAGAAGGAGCCGAUGGAGGCGCUGAACACGGCGCAGGGGGCCCGCGACUUCAUCUACAGCCUGCACUCCACCGAGCGGAGCUGCCUGCUGCGGGAGCUGCACCGCUUCGAGUCCAUCGCCAUCGCGCAAGAGAAGUUGGAGGUUGCACCACCAUCUCCAGGACAACUGAGACAUGUGUUCUUCCACAAUGCAUUACCUUUUGUAGGGUUUGGAUUUUUGGAUAACGCAAUUAUGAUUGCUGCGGGAACCCAAAUAGAAUUGUCAAUUGGAAUUGUCCUAGGAAUCUCAACCAUGGCAGCUGCUGCUUUGGGAAACCUUGUUUCAGAUUUAGCUGGACUGGGUCUUGCAGGUUAUGUAGAAGCUUUAGCUUCACGGCUGGGUCUCUCUAUCCCUGAUCUAACACCCAAACAAGCUGACAUGUGGCAAACACGUCUUAGUGCACACUUGGGUAAAGCUAUUGGAGUGACCAUUGGCUGCAUUUUAGGAAUGUUUCCUUUGUUGUUCUUUGGCGAUGAGGAAGAAAAACUGGAAGAAAAAAAAUAACCUUUUUACAAGACGUAUACAAAUGUAAACUAAUGUACCUCAAUUACUCAAUUAUGCUGUCAAUAUUUAGGAAUUAACAGACAGUAAAAAUGUAUAGACUUGGGAACAAAACCUUCAGCAUGUCGUUUUAUGGAAACACUAAUUUAUUGUGGCUUUGUUGUGUUGAGUACUUCUUUUUAUAAGAUACCAUUUAGCUUUCUAUUUAAUGUACAUUUUUGAAGUGUUUUCACUUAUGGCAAAUGAUGUUUACCACUUCCCCUUUUGACCUUAUUCUUUAACAGAUCAUUACUUUAAUAAUCCACCGUGGAUGACAGUAACACUCUUGAGUUGCAUCUUGGUUGUUUAACAGAUGUAAUUGCAUGACAAAAAACUUGCGGCUGUUCAUCAGGUCCUUCAAUGCAGAUUAUUGAGGAGGUCAGUUACGAGUGAUUUGAAGUCCCUCACUUCACAGGAAGGCUGGUUGCCCCCUCACCAGCUGUCAUUUUGCACUGCCUUUACAUCAGAUCUUUCAGUGAUCAGCAACAGUCUAAUUUGCAUUCUUUAUAAUUCUGAAUCUCUGAAUUGUCGCCUGAGGUGAUCAUUUUAAUGCCCUGACAAGGUAAGUGUUUGCAGUAUAAUAUCCUUUCCAAGUUCAUCUUUAGUGGUGUCUUAACACUGCCUUCUGUACUUCCAUAUUAAUGACUUUUUUCCUUUUUUUUCUUCCUUGUAAGCAAUAAUUUGAGAAUUCAGUUGCUAUCUCCUUAAGCUUGUCUUCCUGAGCUUUUAAUGUAUUAUCAAAGAAUUAAGACUUCCUAAUUCAAAACCCUUUAAAAAAAAAAAAAAGUUCUGUUUAAAAUGAAGCAUGAAUGGCUAAUGGGGGCUGACAAGGCUGGGGAGCCUUUCAAGAUAUGAAUGAGCACUGGCACUGCAAGUUUGUGAUGGGCGGCUUAACUUAAACAAUAAAAUAUGAAUUUUCCAUUCAGUCUGGAUUAGAGGACCUGGUUUGCAGAUUAUAACUUUGUAUUUAUGUUUUAACUUUUUUUUUUUGCUGUGAGACUUCUGAAAAAAGAAAAAAAAAGACUUGAGGCCUUCUUCCUGUUCCUGCCUUUUAUUUUUGAAGUCUUAUUCGAUGUAUUAUAGAUCUGACAGUGCAGUCACAUGUAACUGCACUUUUUUGUAUGGUCAUAAAUUAUAAUUACAAUUAUGAAGUGAAUUUCAGGAUCCAACUUGCCAAAUAACAAUAUUAAACUGAUAACUAUUGGUUAGACAGGGGUUUUCUUACCUCUUUCAAUACCCUUUUGGAAAGACAUUAAAAAGAGGUACAGCCUAGGCACUUGAAAGUUCUGUCACUGGACUUGUUAGCACUUCUGAAACCAAGAAAUAAAUGGUGUAAAAGAAAAUUCAAUCCCAUGAUUUUUAUUUGCUAUAGAAAGUCUUAUUGUAACAUGCAUAUGUUUACAGAGCUCAUUGCUUAUCUCUUGGCCAUAAAUCUGUCUUCUCUGUUCUAAUUUCUGGAAGCCCCUUAAACAGCAGUACUGAAACUUUGACACCAACCUUUCAUGAAAGUCACAAUGAUAGAUCUCUUUGUGAAAAGCAGACUCUGAAAACUUGGAGUGAGCAGACCUAGUAGCAUUUGCUGCCUUUUGUGUGUUAAACUAAUCCCGACCAAGCUGUAAAACUGAAAGAAAUCUCAGCUAGGCAAGAAUAACACAUGAACGCAGAGGUGUUCUGGCUUGCAUUUCAAAAAAAAACGGUCCUGUUAGAAAAUAAAGCACAUCCCAAUAGUGGGUUUACAAUGGGUUUAUGGUAUGUCAGUAAUACCUUUUUUUGCUUGUGUUUUUUUUAACUUAAUUUUUUUUUUAGAUGUUCCCACAUUUCCCUUGCCUUAAACUCUGACUUUUCACCCUCUGUACUUCUGUUUCUGGUGUGUUUCUAGAAAAAACUGUAUGUAUUUCCUACGUUCUUUUAACUGAAAUACACAUUAAGGCAACUUUGCAUAACCUUUCUGUAUUUUUUUUAAAUGAGAAUUCCAAUGAUGUUUCCCAUUGCAAUACUGGUAUCUUCAUUGGAAUCUUUCAAGAGUGGCCAAACCUCUUUUUUUGCUGUCAUUCUAACUGGAACACUACUUUCAUCACUCCUUUUUAGAGGUCUUAAGAAUAAUCAGAAGACUGUGUCAGCUCUUGAGGUAGCAUUCUUUUUAUAAUGGCAAUAGGAAAGAUCAUGUACUAUUUUUAAUAGUUUGUGCAUGUAAAUUGAUGGCAUUCUCUUGUUGUAUGUCAAACUACUGUAUUUCAACCAAUGCCUUUAAGGAGAAUUAAUGAAUUAAGAUACCAUCAAAGGAAUCAGUUAUGUGUCGUCUUGAUAUCUAUUUAGCUGACAACACAAAAGUAGAGGGUGACAUGUGAUAAGAAACCUUGAGUGUUUUGGGUGGUUGUAUGAUGUUAUAAUCAAGGUGACUUUUGGAGUUUCAGUAUUUGGCAUACAUGAAUAAAUAACUCAAGAUUUGAGAAAAAUAAUGGCUCAGAAGGUUGAGAGAAAGUGCUUGUUGGGGCCAAGGUGCAACCCUGAAUACAGUAGGGGUGGUUUGCUUUGCCUACGGGAUCCGCUUUUGUGUGGAUCUGCAGUUGUUUCAUGUGAAGUGGAAGAUUUGUGCCUGAUCCGAAGAUGUCUCCGGAUAAUGAAAGAAUUUUUUUUUGCGUUCACAGUUGAAAGUAAUCCCCAGUGCUCUGAUCACUGUCUUAAAAAUAGGUAACUCAAAAGACAGAGCAAUAACAAAAGUCUCCUCUUUGUUUUCUGUUGUUUUCUCCUUCCUUAAUAAAAGGAAAUCAGACACUCUCAGAGUUACUGAGCAGCUUUAGUAUUACUCUGUUUUUACUCUGUCAAGCUUGUCCUGAGUUAACAGGAGUUUUUCUUGUUAAAGGGCUGGUAGACGUGAAAUUGUGUUUAUUUUAAAAUACUGUAUUUUAUUGUAACUUAAGAUGUAAGUGUAUUUUUAUUUUUACUGUAUGUUAUCCCUAGGGAGAAAGAACAUGCAUCUGGUAAUGUGGUUACCCAGUUCUACUUGCUGAUAUUUUCUCAUUCAUGUACUUUUACAUAAAUUAUUUGAAUUCAGAAAACGUGUUUUGUAUUGUCUUUAAUUAAAUUGCCAAACUUUCUGUAAA